AAUAAAAUUGCGCUCGAAAACGAGGAAAAGCGCGCGCGAGUGUGACAACAGCCAAAGAUUUCCGCGGUUAUGGCAGCGUGUGGUGAAUACAUCAGAAGUGAAUUUCCAACAAUUGAUGACGAUCUGUAUCAGUAUGUUGAAGGAAUCCUGGUGAGUUCACGGGACGAUUUUGAAGACGGGGACGAGGUUUACGAAGCGAUCGGGCAAGUCUUGCACGAGGUUGCUGCCAAACCAGAAACCGAGGUUAGAGCAAUAUGCGACAAAUUACUGGAGAUGUUGAAGGAAGGUGCUACCGAAGGAGACCGCACCUCCGACGAAUUACGCAAAAACGGUGUCAACAAGGUUUUAAACGCUCCAAUACAUUUGGGUUCUAUGGCAGCAACUUUAGAGGCUCAGGUCGAACAGAUAAAGAGCAUUUGGGUAACAACCAGGGACGAUGGCACAAAAGUCGAUGCAAAAAAGUUAGAGAAAGCAGAAGCGAAACUUCAACAGAAACAGGAAAAACGAAUAGGGACAGAAUACGGUGGUGGAGGAGGCGGUGGGGGCGGCGGAGGUGGUGGAGCAAAAAAUAACAUUGGAUCGAAUAAAGCUGCAGAAACAGCGAGUGCCAGUCAGAUGACAAGUAAAAAAGACAGUCGAAUGGAAAACAAGGGCAAUGUCAACAAAACUCAAGACAUCAGAAUCGAAAACUUUGAUGUUGCCUACGGUGAUAGAGUUCUAUUACAAGGUGCCGAUCUUACAUUGGCUUAUGGUAGACGUUAUGGCCUUAUUGGAAGAAAUGGUUUGGGAAAAACAACCCUCUUGCGAAUGAUAUCGAGUAAACAACUGAGAAUACCAUCGCACGUGAGGGUACUGCACGUCGAGCAGGAAGUUGCCGGUGACGAGACCUCGGCCCUGGAGUCAGUGCUGGAAUGUGAUCACGAGCGGAGUGCGAUGCUCAGUCGAGAAGCAGAACUUCAAGCCUUGAUCGGUCGAGAAGCAGAGUUUCAAGCAUUGAGCGAAACAGAAGGUAGCAGUGGAAAAGAAGAGGGAAGAGGAACGACGAUUACGAACGAUAACGUCGACGAGGAAUUGAAUCGUUUGUACGAAGCAAUGCAAUUGGCCGAAGUGGAUAAGGCGCCCGCGCGAGCGAGCGCUAUUCUCUCGGGUUUAGGUUUCUCUGUCGAGAGACAAUCAUGGCCGACGAAAUCAUUCUCCGGUGGUUGGCGAAUGCGUCUCGCUCUUGCACGAGCUCUCUUCUCUCGGCCCGAUCUCCUUCUUCUUGACGAGCCUACCAACAUGUUGGACAUCAAAGCCAUCCUCUGGUUAGAAAAAUAUCUUCAGUCGUGGCCAACGACGUUGCUAGUUGUUUCGCACGAUCGCAACUUUCUGGACACUGUACCGACGGAUAUUCUGUACCUCAAGGGACAAAAGAUCGAAGCGUACCGAGGCAAUUACGAACAAUUUGAAAAGACCAAAGGCGAACGCGAGAGAAAUCUCCAGCGAGAGUGGGAAGCUCAGCAAGCCAAGAGAGCUCACGUGCAAGAAUUCAUCGACCGCUUUCGCUAUAAUGCUAAUCGUGCUUCGAGUGUUCAGAGUAAAAUCAAAAUGUUGGAAAAACUACCCGAAUUGAAACCAAUGGAGAAAGAAGGCGAAGUAACGUUACGUUUCCCGGACGUGAUGCCCCUCAGUCCUCCGAUACUCCAACUGAACGAAGUAUCUUUCCGCUACGAAGGAGCUAAGGACGACACUCCUUUUUUGUUUACCGGUGUGAAUUUGACGGCGGCUCUGGAAUCGCGAAUUUGCAUAGUCGGUGAAAACGGUGCUGGUAAAACGACGCUUUUAAAAAUAGUCACUGGAGCAUUGAGUCCGACUCGAGGCACCGUUCACACUCAUCGGAACCUCAAAAUCGGAUAUUUCAGCCAACACCACGUCGAUCAACUCGAUAUGAGAGUUUGCCCGGUUGAAUUAAUACAAAAUCAUUUUCCAGGAAAACCGAUCGAGGAAUAUAGACGAAUGCUUGGUAGUUUCGGAGUUACAGGAGAUUUGGCCUUGCAAAAUAUUGACUCACUCUCCGGUGGUCAGAAAUCACGAGUCGCUUUCGCUCUCAUGUGCGCCGCCAUGCCUAAUUUUUUGGUACUCGACGAACCAACUAAUCAUCUUGAUAUCGAGUCGAUCGAAGCUCUUGGCAAAGCUCUCAACACUUGUCAAGCAGGUGUGAUUCUGGUUUCCCACGACGAGCGGCUGAUACGACUGGUGUGCAAGGAGCUCUGGGUUUGCGGAGGAGGAUCGGUGAAAUGCAUCGAAGGAGGUUUCGACGAAUAUCGAAAAAUAAUUGAGAAAGAAUUGGAAGCGUGAAAAGAGAGCAGCGACGAGGACAAUGGACGUGCGUUCCCCGAUGGUCACGCGAGCCUAUCCGAAUCGAAAGAUUUUGUAACUUAUUUUUACGGCUCUGGGUCGAAGAGUCACCAGAAAUUAUUUUAUAUCCGAAUUUGCAUUUCUGCCUCUGGACUGCCUCGCUGCGUUUCUUCCCGUUGAUGAACAAGAAAUUCUUGUUCAGACGAGAAUUCUUCGUUUCACUGGAUGAAUGUUCGCGUGCGUGAGUGUCACCGGAGAUUCGGGAAACGAAAAAUGGACAACUCGACCGACGAUCGUAACAACAAUUCGGAAGAGUAUCGCACGUAUCUAAUUUAAUUAAAUCAACAAUUGUUACAUCAA